GACGCAUGCGUCACCGUUCGAGGACUCGCCUGCUGCAAUUUUGGAAUCUUGUCAACAAACAUCUCACUGCUGCCUUAACCGGUUACCUAGUCCAACCUUCCUCGCGUCCGCGCCUUUCGUUUCUUUUUCUUUUUUUUUUUCCCCACCGAUCGAAGGUUGACAGUGUGGGCUCCAGCCGCGAUAUAGAUCUCGUUCCGGAAACGUUUAACGUCGGCAUUAAUCGAAAGAUUUAUCGGUGUACAUCACGCGGCGUAUAUAUACAGCACGAAGAGGAAUGUUAUUCCAUCCGAUGAACAAUUGGCCAAAGUGAUUCUUUUUAAGGAGAAAAAUCCUUUUUUCUUUUUUUUUUUUUUUUUUUGCGAACGGGAACAUUUGUGAUACAGUGAGAAAGUGUCUUUGAAUAUUGAAUAAAAAAAAAAAAAGAAAGAAAGAAAGGAAAAAAAGAUUGAUGAGUUGAGAAAGGGGUCGAAAGGGGUUGUACACACGCACGUGUCAGAGAAUGGAGGACGAGGAGACUGAGACCGAUCGGUCGAUCGCCGAGACUCUCUCCAAAAGUAUCGGAUUCCGGCGAAUCGAUAUUGUCCUCGAUCAUCCUCAAAAGGUCUAUUACAGCGGACAUCGGAUCUCGGGGAACGUCCACUUGGAGCUGGACGAGCCGACCAACGCUUUGGGAAUUAGGCUAAAAUGCAAGGGGGAGGCUCAAGUGUAUUUCACCGAUCGAUCAGCUGGCAUUCGACGUAAGUUUUCAGCGUUCGAGAAUUAUCUCCACGUGGAAACGUAUGUUGUCGGCGAUGGUAAAGAAAAAUCUGUGAUAACUGGAGGCGUCUACCCGUUCAGCCUAACGCUCCCAGAGAAGUUGCCGUGCAGCUUCGAGGGCCGAUACGGACGAGUACGAUACUCGAUUAGGGCAUUGUUGGACGUAACGACCAUUUAUCGGUUUUCCACCAAUAUUAUUCCAUUCACGGUGGCUCCUAUUCUUGACCUUAAUCGAGAUCCUCUCGCUCCCUUGCCUAUAAAUAUCAAACAAUCGAAGAUGUACAUCGGCCAAACAGAAUCCCUCACCGUGUCCAUGUCUCUUCCGGUUCGAGGUUACGUCCCUGGCCAAGCUAUACCGAUCACGAUACUCAUGACGAACCUCUCUACAGUUGUGGUUACCAAAAUUAGAAUCGUUUUUAAAAAAGUGGUGUCUUAUCACUCGACGGAAAAGUCGCGUAAGCACAAAGAAAUCAUAGUAGAAGUAGAACAGCCCGUUAAUAAAGACUCCGAUACGUACGACGUCACGUUUGACGUUCCUGCAGUACCACCUACCGGGAUGAUCCACUGCAACAUCAUCGACGUUCUGUACACGCUUAAAGUCGAGGCCUGCGUAGACGUGAGCGAGUGGUACUACAGAAUGUUUCAGAAGAACUUGAAACUGCGAACAAAUAUAGUGGUCGGCACUGUACCGCUUCAAAAUUACGAGACCCCGCAAAAAACGACGGACGUGACGGAGGAUUUUUCGCUUCAUCCCCAAUGUACCACGGCCACGGAAGAAUACGCGGACGACACGCAGCCGUUGAAAAACUCAGAGAGGGUGGAGAGGGGGAGGUCGAGUUUGUCUCCAGCAGUACCGUUAUACGAGAAAAGUCAAAUAUAUCGAUCCUCGAAACCGGACAAGGACGAUCCCACGGGAGACGAUGGUGACAGCGAUGGAGAAGUCAAGCCGUAUUCACCUAUGUAUCGCGUGUACAAAUUCAAAUCAUCUCUGAAAAAAGCUCGUUAGACGCGUGCUUCGAUACGCGUAGAGGAGAAAGAGAGACGGAGAGAGAAAGUGAGAGAGAGAGAGAAACACAGCAUCGUUCGAUUAAUCGUUGAAAUCGUUUCAACGUUUACAGUGUCCGCAACGGAUAUUCGCGAGAAGAGAAGAGAAGAGAAGAGAAGAGAAGAGAAGAGAAGAGAAGAGAGGAGAGGAGAAGAGAAGAAUAAAAAAUUGUGAUGAUUCAUUGAAAGUAAAAGAGAAUUGCCGUUUCCUGAAAAAAAUUUUAUACAUUUUAAGAGUACGUGGAAAAAUAUGUACGCGAACGAAUUUUACGUCCAAUUUAACGCUGUAUCGAUCGACCGGUUGCCUUCGAAUUCUUGCCUUUAGUUUCUUAUUUUCUUAAAAAAGAGGGAAAAAGAAAAUAGCGGGGGAAAGGAUUAUUAGAACGAGGAGAAGCACAGAGUGAGAUAUUAAAAUCCGUUGGGACCAACCUGUGCAGCUAAUUAAAUUCCGUAAUCACGCGAGCAACUCGCGAAAGCAAAGUUAUUCUAUAAUAAUUGUUCGAACCGUGCGAGCUCCCGAUACCAUCGAAACGAAGUUUAUGAAAACACUUAACAACAUGUAUUGCUUUAAAUGUUCAAUAAAAAUAUUCUCGA